AUGAAGGUCCUUUGCGUGGCGGAGAAGCCGUCCAUCUCAAAGGCCGUCGCUGGCCACCUGUCUGGCGGCAACUUUCGAACCCACGGAACACGCAACCAGUACAUCAAGAACUAUUCAUUCCAGUUCAACUUCGGACAGUCAUGGGGCGACUGCGAGGUCACCAUGACCUGCGUCUCGGGCCAUCUCACCGGAGUCGAGUUUCACAGUGACUACAAGAAUUGGGAGUCUCCUCCACCAGAAUCACUGUUUGCCGCUCCAAUUAUCACCACCGUACAAGAGGACAAACGAACCAUUGCUCAAAACAUUCAAGACCAAGCCAAGUACUGCCGCUUGCUGGUCAUUUGGACCGAUUGUGACCUGGAAGGGGAGCACAUCGGCCAGGAAAUCGUAGAUGCCGCCAAGAAGGGCAACCGCCAGCUACUAGUGAAGCGUGCCAGGUUCAGCAAUGUCGAACGGGCGCAUGUUCUCUCCGCAGCUCGAAGGCUCAUUGACCUGGACGACAGGCAGGUCAAUGCUGUGAGCGCCAGAAUAGAGCUGGAUCUGCGUAUCGGCUUCGCCUUUACACGGUUCAUGACAACCAGACUGCGGAACCUCGGCGGGCCGCUUGCCGAAAGGAUAUUGAGCUAUGGGUCAUGCCAAUUUCCCACGUUAGGGUUCGUGGUCGACCGUUACUUUCGGGUUCGGAACUUUGUGCCUGAGCCAUUCUGGAGCAUCAAGCUCAUGCACAAGAGAGACGGCAAGACUGUACACUUUUCCUGGGCAAGAAACCGCCUUUUUGAUCGGAUGACAGCCAUCAUCUUAUACGAGAGGUGCCUUGAUGCCAAGAAAGCCAGGGUCACCAAAGUUCAGGAGAAGCCGACUCGCAAGUUCAAGCCGCUCCCGCUUACGACUGUUGAGCUUCAGAAGGCUGCAACCCGGAUGCUGCGCAUGAGCGGUCACCAAGCUAUGACAAUUGCAGAGGGUCUCUACAACAAGGGGUUCAUCAGCUACCCGCGAACUGAGACCGACCGCUUCGACAAAGGUAUGAAUCUGAGGGCCUUGGUGCAGAAGCAGACACCGGAUCAGAGAUGGGGUUUGUUUGCCCAAGGACUCGUGGGCGGCGCGUUCCAACAGCCUCGAGAAGGGCGGCACGAUGAUAAAGCUCAUCCUCCCAUUCACCCGAUUACCUAUGCUGCGCCUACAGUGCUGUCUGCUGAAGAAGGACGUCUGUAUGAGUACGUUGUUCGUCGUUUUCUGGCCUGCUGCUCAGACGAUGCCAAAGGUAUGGCGACAGACGUCGAACUUCAAUUGGGAGACGAGCGUUUCAGCACUCGGGGGGUCAUAGUUCUGGAACGCAACUAUCUUGACGUCUACGUCUACGACAAAUGGGACAAUACGACAGAACUGCCCAAGUUUACAAGAGGGGAGGAGUUUGCGCCAACCGAGGCAAUGAUGUCAGAAGGCAAAACUUCGCCACCGAGCUACUUGACGGAAGCGGACUUGAUUGCGCUCAUGGACGCCAACGGCAUCGGCACGGACGCCACCAUGGCUGAGCACAUCCAGAAGAUUCAGGACCGCGAAUAUGUCGCGACUAUUGAGCGUGCUGGCGGGUCGACCGGUGGUGACGACGAGGAGGGCGAGGCGAUGCCGUCCCGAGGCGGUCGAGGACGUGGCGGUGCCAGAGGAGGCCGUGGGCGUGGAGGCGCAACGGCAGGCGGGCGACGAGGCGGCGGCCAGAAGGUGUUCAUACCGACUCAACUGGGCGUGGCAUUGAUCUUGGGUUUUGACCGAAUGAACUUUGAGACCAGCCUCGGCAAGCCUUUUCUGCGGAAAGAGAUGGAACUCAAGAUGAAGGCCAUCUGCGAGGGUACGACAACAAAGCGUGCCGUUCUCGAAGAGAGUCUCGCCCAGUACAAGCAGGUGUUUCUGCAGUCGCAGGAGCAGCUAGGCGUCCUGAUCCAGGCCUGCCAGGAGUUUGUCUUUGGGCGUGCUCCCCGACGAUUGCAGAGUGACAGCGGUUAA